AUGCUGUCAAAAUUGCUUCAAUCCGGAGCGCUUGUUGCCGCCGUCUUGGCUACAACCAUAGCAGCAGACCCAACAUGGCCAAAUCCGCAAAUCGAUGAGUUGGAAGAAAUUAUGUUUCAGAAUAGUGGCUUCAAAGCACGGCUGUUUACUGAUAAUAUCAGGCAGUGCGCUAAUGAAGCUUCCGGGCCGGGUAGAAAAAACGCAGCAGAAUGGCUAAGGACAGCCUUCCACGACAUGAGUACGCACAACAGGUACUUUGGCACUGGUGGCUUGGAUGGCUCGCUGCAGUACGAGCUCAACAGUGGUGAAAACACUGGCCCUGGCCUGCGGACGACACUCAGCUUCCUGGGUGGCUUUGUGUCCAGCCGAAGUUCGCUGUCGGAUCUGAUAGCCAUGGGUGCGCAUGCCUCAGUUCGCUCAUGUGGAGGCCCUGGCAUACCUGUAAGGGUAGGCAGAGUCGAUGCCACAGCAGCUGGCUCGAUCGGUGUGCCGCAGGUCCAGAACCCAACAGCUACAUUUCAGAACCAGUUCGACCGUAUGGGUUUCAACCAGGCCGAAAUGAUACAGCUGGUAGCUUGUGGACACACGCUGGGGGCAGUCCAUUCCGCUGAUUUCCCUGAUCUUAUUGCACCCGGAUCCGAUGGCCCCAAUGGGGUUGUGGGCAUGGACUCGACACAGGCCAGCUUCGAUAACAGGGUUGUAACCGAGUAUCUGGAUGGCACGACACAGAACCCUCUCGUUGUCGGGCCUUCGGUCCAGCUGAGGAAGAAUUCAGACGGUAGAAUCUUUGCAGCGGAUGGAAACGCAACCGUCAAUGCACUGAGAGAUGCCGCCGUAUAUCAAUCAACGUGCAAAAGUAUUCUCCAGCGGAUGAUAGACGCUGUGCCAUCAGGUGUCACUCUCUCAGACGAGCCCAUUGCCCCAUACACCGUUAAGCCCGUCGACAUGCAGCUCACACUGGGGUCACAAGGGUCUACGCUGCAAUGGACUGGCCAUAUACGCAUAAGGACAACGACGAUCCCGCUGGGCACGAUCCGUAACGUGGUUGUCAGUUACAAGGACCGCCACGGAGGGAACGAUUGUGGGUCUUGCGCUGUCACUUCUACGGUACAAGGAACGGGUGCAGGUCUUGAGGACACUUGGGCUUUCUUUCCGAUAUUCGCUUCCUUAAGCGCCAGUUCAGGUAUCUCGUCCUUCACCGUUACUAUAAACAGGGCCGACGGGACGUCAACCCUUUUCGACAACAAUGGCGCUCAUUACCCCUUAUCUGAUGCUGUCUUGUUGCAAAAGCCCCAGAGCUGUCUCCUACAAGGAUCUGGUGCUCUCACGGUAUCGGCCGUUGUCCGUAAUGACCGUACAGCCUUGCCAGUGAACCUGGGAGUCACAUAUCAGACGGCACAAACCAACAGCCCAGUUCCAGCCCUGAACCAACAGUCAAUUCCAAUGGCCAAGGGAGACUGCGUAGGCGCCUACACGUUCUACUCGGCAACAUAUUCAAUCCCAGGCGGGAGAAGUUUCGCAGCAAGGUUAGACAUUGUCAGCGGCGCUGGUGAGACGGCGGUCAGAGACUCCUUUAACCUGGCCGCCGACUUGGCUGGGACAUGCCAGCCAUUUGGAGGCAGCCAGGCAUGUGCCGACGUCACUGUCACCACAGCUAUACCGAGCUCUACGAGCCCUCCUAUUGUCACAAGUGCCACCACUACUCCCCCAACGAUAACACCAACACCAACUGGGGUUCCCGAGCACAUCCAGAAUUUGGGUGAUUACGAGCUAGUCUCUUGCUGGACUGAGGGUGUGGGCGUCCGCGCCUUGACAGGGGCCACCUUUGCCUAUGAUGGGAUGACGUUGGAGACCUGCAUGGGUAACUGCACCGGAUUUGCAUACUUUGGCACAGAAUACGGGAGAGAAUGCUAUUGCGGGAAUUCCCUACACCCAUCGAGCGGUCCUGCGGCCCUGGCAGACUGCAACAUGCCGUGCUCGGGCAACCACUUGCAAUACUGUGGCGCUGGUGACAGAAUUGAGCUGUACAGAAAUCCCGGCAUACCAACAGCAACUGUUACCAUACCCCCAACUCCCACAGCCACGGUCACUCCCUCACACCAGCCCACAGUCACCGCGGCGAAUGGUGGUGUCUGGAGCUUCCAGGAGUGCCGGACCGAAGCGACCGAGGGCCGGGCUCUGACGGGAAAUGCGUACUUUGACGACGCCAUGACAAUCGAGACUUGCGCUUCGGCAUGCACCGGCUUUACCUACUUUGGAGUCGAAUACGGUCGAGAGUGCUACUGCGGAGAUGGCUUUGGCGAGGGUUCGGUCGAGGCGAUAGAGACCGAGUGCAGCUUUCCGUGUCCCGGCAACAGGGCACAGCUCUGCGGCGCCGGUGUGCGACUCAGCACUUACCGUGUGGUAGAGGCCUGA